AUGACGAAAAAAGUGCUCAUUAUCCAACAUUCGACUUCUGUCCCAUGCGGCUAUGUCACUACUUUUUUUACUGAACAGAAUAUUCCAUUUGAAAUUCUACCAAUUUUUGAUGACAAACAUUCGAUACCAUUACCUGAUGACAUGACUAGUGAUUAUUCGGUAAUUAUCAGCCUCGGUGGUCCACAAGGAGCGUAUGAAGAUGAAAUUUAUCCAUAUUUAAAAUGGGAAAAAUCGUUUCUCGCAACCCAACUUGCACUUAAUACGCCUAUUCUCGGUAUCUGUCUCGGUGCUCAACUUUUGGCUGAUGUAAUUGGUGGCCGUGCAUACCAGAGCAUUCGUGGCUACGAAGCUGGCUAUGUUAAUUAUGAGCUUACACCUGAAGGAAAAAAUGAUCCUAUUCUAUCGACCAUAUUCGAAGCAGAACAACAUAAACCAAUGCUAAUCAUGCAUCACGGUGAUACAUUCGAUCUACCAGUAAAUGUGCCUGUUUUAGCGCGUACAUCAAACGAUUAUACAGCUGCAUAUCGAGUAGGUUCAGCAUUUUGCGUACAAUUUCAUCCAGAAAUGUCUACUCGCGAAUUUAAUGAAUCGGUACAACGAGCCCGAAGAAAUCGACCAAAAAUAUAUCAACAUGUCGAUAUCGAUGAAAUUCUACAUCACGCAGAAGCAAAUGAAUCACGUGCAGAACAGUCAAGACGAUUCUUUUUUCAAACUUGGUGGAAUUCAAUACAAAAACAAGUUUAA